AUGAGAUUUAACCUGUCCAAUUCACAAAACCAGAUUUUUGACAGAACUUUGGAUCUACCCAGCCUCCUGCCACCCAACUCCUUCCCAGCCCAGGAAACACAAGACGUCCGGGUGUUUCUGUUGCAGCUCAAAGCCCAGGUGCCGGGUAGUGUGGAGGAGCUGCGGUGCCUGCAGGUUAUCAAUCAGCAGCAGGAGGGCUCCAGCCUGGAGGAGCUGAUCAGCAACCAGUCCUGCCUCAAGCUGGCCAACACCAUCAAAGCCUACGUGGCCACGGUAACAGAGAACGUUGUCCGCAGGAGCGCAGUGAAGGAGGCCCGACGGAGCUACUUCAACACCUCUGAGGGGCAGGCUCCUCCCAAAACACCUGGAAAACCCUCGGCACAUCUCACUCUUCGCCCGCAGAGCCUGGCUCAGGAUGGGAACUCCAAGCGCUUCGGGAACCUCUCCCAGUCCUGCCGCCACGCCAUUGCCCGCUGGGAAGACAGCACCAUCCAUGCACACCUGCAGAACAUCACCUACCGGGAUGGCCGUCUGCGCGUCAACCAGGCGGGCAAGUACUACGUCUACUCCCAGAUCUAUUUCCGCUACCCCAGCGAUGGGGCCAGCGCCCGAGUCUCUGUCCCCCAGCUCGUGCAGUGCAUCAACUGGAAGACCUCCUACAGCCAGCCCAUCCUCCUGCUCAAAGGAGUCGGCACCAAGUGCUGGGCGCCUGAAGCGGACUACGGGCUCCACGCUCUCUACCAGGGGGGACUGUUUGAGCUGAAGGCUGGCGAUGAGCUCUUCGUCUCCGUCUCCUCCUUGGCCAUUGACUACAACGAUGCAGCAGCCAGCUACUUCGGGGCUUUCCGGCUUGACCUGUGACCAGCCACGUCUGCCUCCCACCUUCCCGCUGCUCCUGCCCAUCAACUCUCCUCUGUGGCCCCAGGGCAGCAGCUAUUCAAACUGGACAAGAGCCAAAUGGCUGGGGGGGCCUCGCACACAGGGUCCUUCCCUGCGUGCGUUGUCCUUUGCAGUGAGGGACGAGCCAGAGGACGGCAUGGGGGGUGCUUGGUUCCAUACAGGGUCCAGCUGGGAAGAAGCCCAUGAGCCAGGAAGGGUCUCUGAGGGCCUACAAGAGAUAUGCACAGGGUGGGACAUCCCAGCCCUGGUGGCACGUCACCUCCCUGGCUCCCAUCUGAGCAAGUGGAACAGGUAGCAUCAAACAGGCUCCCUGCUGCAAGAGGGGCACCAGGGUCACAUCUGCAACCACAAGACAAAGCGUCCCCGUGGCAAAAUGAACCUCUGCAAGUCUGACCCCACAUCUGGCAAGGGCAGACCUGGCCAGCCAGGCUGUGGGUGCUGGGGGACCCCAAGCUGGAGCGUGGUGAGUGUGUGUGCAGGGCUGGCACCCCCAGGGCAAAGUCCCAGGGGACAGCCUGCAGGUACAAGGCAUGUCCAGCAUCAGCUGCUAGGAAGGAGUGAAGGAGUUUCAGUUCUGGCUAAUU